AUGGACACAACAAGCACUUGGUCACCAACUUCCAUACCAUCUUCUACUACAUUAUCAAGUAUUGCUACAACUUUUGCCCCACAAUUAACUCAAACUUUAUCAUCUUUAUUGAAUCAAGCUAGUACGGAGACUGAUACUGUUAAUUUCCAUAAUUUACAAGAAGCUUACAGAGGUGUACAAGCAUCACUUACAAUAAUUUCAGCCGAACAAGUUUUAGCUACUGCCACUGCAUCAUCAGUUAAAAGUGCUGCUACUGAUGCUAUCUUCUAUGCAACAUUAAAUUUGAAAGCUAUUGAAUGGGAUAGAAAUAUCUUUGGAUAUGAAUUGAGUAGACCAGGUAAUUUGGUAUUUUUGAUUUUGAAUUUCAUAAUUAUAGCUUAUAUUGCAGGUAUGGCUAUUUGGUCAAGAUAUUGGGGAUUUAAUAUCACCUUCUUUUGUGGAUAUACACUUGAAUUCAUUGGCUUUUUAGGUAGAGUCUUAGGCUUUCAAGAUAACAGUUCUUUGCAAUAUUACUUAAUGAGUUCUAUCGGACUUGUUAUCUCGCCAGCUUUUAUCAUGGCGGGAAUUUACUUCUUGUUUGGUCAAUUGGUGGUUAUUCAUGAUAGAAGAUUUUCAAUCUUACCCCCAUUGUUCUAUUCAUAUUUUUUUAUCACUAUUGAUGUUGUUUCAUUGCUUAUACAAGCUGCAGGAGGUGGUAUUUCAAGUGUAGCUGCAAACAAUCAUACAAGUCAGUCAGCGGGUAAUGCUAUAAUGAUAACAGGUAUUUGUGCUCAAAUUUUUGCAAUGUCAAUAUUUUUAAUUUUUUGGUUUGAAUUUUUGAAUAGAUUGUUUUUCAAAAGAAUGCCUCAAGAGUCUACAUACUCAAGAGAAGAAAACCCAUUAAGGAAAAGAUCAUUUUGGAAUUUUUUCAAGUUAUUGUUCAAUGUUAGAUCAGUUAGAGAAUAUAAACAACAAUACUUAGAACAAUUUUAUAAUCCAAAAUUUGCUUCAGUUCGUGAUCAUAAGUUGUUUCCAUUUAUGCCAUUAGCUAUGACUAUAGCAGUGAUUGUUGUUUAUAUUAGAUGUGUAUACAGAGUUGUUGAACUAAUUCAAGGUUAUAGUGGUUAUUUAAUGAAUCAUGAAAUUUAUUUACUCGUAUUAGAUGCUACAAUGAUUUCAAUUUGUGGUUUAAUUUUUUUCCCAUUCCAUCCAGUUUGGGUAUUUGGUAAAAAGAAUCUUGUUAAAUUAGCUUCCAUAAAGAAAAAUAAGGAUAAAGAAAAUAAUGGUUCUGAUGAAACUUUUGAAAAUUCAGUGGAUGGUUCAAUGGAAAACCAAGGUGAAAAAUCUACUAGAAUUGCUUUAUAG